CAUUUCUGCCAACAUAAUGUUUUUUUUAAACAGUAUGAAUGAACAUUGUUUUUCUUUUCUCCAUAAAACAGCUUGUUCGCAAGCUAAUAAUAUGAAAAUUUGUCUUAAUAAUCCAAGUCUGGCCCCUUUCUUUAUGUGAGGCUCACUAAACAAGCUGUUUUUGAAUAUCUAGUGGGCCAUUACUUCCUCAUUGCAUUUAUUGUUCAGAUAAUUUAAGGUCAGUUGUGAGGGAAGUCAGAAACACAACUUUUUGCCUGUGAGCCAGUGGGAAGGUGAUACGCUUGUCAAUUUGUCCUUCAAGACAUUUUUUUCUGAUGCUUCUUCUGUGAAACCAAUUGACGAGCGCCAAUUGACAAGCUUCUAGCAUGUGAUGAAAAUCCAGCUGAGUGUUACUGUAGGAAGGUCUCAGGAAUAAAGCUCUGCAAAGCCGCGAACUGUCAUUAGUUUGAGAUUUUUUUCCGUAAUGUCCUCUCCCAUCAAGUGCAGUGAGCUGAUUUUCUUCGUAAAUGGGAAGAAGAUCACUGAGAAAAAUGCAGACCCUGAGGAAAUGCUACUCAACUACCUCAGGAAGAAAGUGCGCCUCAGUGGUACCAAGUACGGCUGUGGAAGUGGCGGUUGUGGAGCCUGCACUGUUAUGGUGUCCCGGUAUGACCCGAUCCAGCACACGGUUCUGCACUUCACUGUAAAUGCCUGCCUCCUGCCAAUCUGCUCCCUGCACGGGGCAGCUGUAGUGACGGUGGAGGGGAUCGGCAGCACCAAGACCAAGCUGCAUCCUGUACAGGAGCGCAUCGCCAAGGCUCACGGGUCUCAGUGUGGGUUCUGCACCCCAGGGAUGGUGAUGUCCAUGUACACCCUGCUGAGGAACAAGCCUCAGCCCACCCUGGAGGAAAUCCGGGAGGCACUGGGUGGGAACCUUUGCCGAUGCACUGGUUACCGGCCCAUCGUUGAUGGAUUCAAGACAUUCUGUGCUGCCUCACAGUGUUGCCAGAAUGGGCAGGUAGGAAACGAGGGCUGUGUGGAGAAUGGUUCCACACAUCAGGAUGAAGAAACUGACAUAUCAGACAAGUUAUUCAGAAUGGACGAUGUCUUGUCCCUUGACCCCUCCCAAGACCUCAUCUUCCCCCCAGAGUUGAUGCUUAUGGCACAGAAGCAUGAUGGCGGUCGCCUGUGUUUCCAAAGCAGUAGGACCACCUGGAUCUCACCCAGGGACCUUUCUGACCUAUUGGAGCUCAAAGCAGCGUACCCAGAUGCACCCCUGUUGGUGGGAAACACAACUUUGGGGCCUAACGUGAUGCUGAAGGGUGCCUAUCACCCAGUUGUCAUCUCACCUGGACAAGUUUCAGAGCUGCGUGCAGUAAAGAGGGGAAAGAACGGGUUGAUCGUGGGUGCGGCGUGCACCAUUUCCACUGUGAAGGAGGAACUAGAGAAGGCAGUGCAGGAACUGGAUCAAGGGAAGAGCAAAGUAUACCAGGCCCUCCUGCAGACCCUUCGCUGUCUGGCUGGGAAGCAGAUUCGCAAUAUGGCCACAAUUGGAGGCAACAUCCUGAGUGCCAACCCCAAGUAUGAUCUCAACUGCAUCCUAGCUGCAGCGGACUGUAGUCUGCUGGUCAUUUCCAAAGAUGGGACAAGAGAAAUCCCUCUGAAUGAGGAAUUCUUUACAGGCUUUGGGAAGACAUCUCUCAGACCAGAUGAAGUCCUUUUUUCCGUACACAUCCCAUACUCCAGACCAUGGGAGUUCAUUUCUGCCUUCCGUCAGGCACAGCGGCGAGAGUUUGCCUUCUCCAUCGUCAACGCAGGGAUGAAGGUGGUCUUUGCUGAAGACACAGACUUGGUGCAGUCUCUGAACAUCUAUUACGGGGGUGUGGGCCCCACACUGGUCAGAGCUGGACACACGUGUGAGGAGCUCGCCGGCCGGUCCUGGGAUGAGGAGCUGUUCAGGGAGGCAUGCCGGUUGCUAGGAGAUGAGGUGACGCUGUCACCCUCUGCCCACGGCGGGAAGGUUGAGUUCCGCAAGACCCUGACCCUCAGUUUCCUCUACAAGUUCUACCUCCAGGUGCUGCAGGAAUUACAACAGAAGGGUGUCAGCAUCAGCGAUCUGCCCCAGGAGUACCUGAGUGCCCUCAAGCCUUUCAAGAAUGAGGUGCCACAGGGACACCAGUCCUACCAGCUGGUCUCAGAGGACCAGUCCUCUGAAGACCCAGUGGGUCGUCCUGAAGUGCAUCAGGCUUCCUUCAUGCAGGCAACAGGGGAGGCCAAAUACUACGACGACACGCCCACUUUCCAGGAGGAACUCUUUUUGGUUAUGGUGACCAGCACCCGAGCGCAUGCUAAGAUCAUAUCUGUGGAUGAAUCAGAGGCUCUGAGCAUGCCAGGCGUUGUUGCCUAUCUGUCGGCCCAUGACGUCCCGGGUCAGAAUCAGAGACUUUGGUUCGACACCGUCGAGGAGCUCUUCGCUGAUGAGGAGGUGAUCUGCGUGGGGCAGGUAAUUGGUGCAAUUGUAGCCGAAACACGAGAGCAGGCCAAAAGGGCAGCGAAGAGUGUCAGAGUGACCUACGAGGACCUGUCUCCUGUCUUCUUCACAAUUGAGGAGGCCAUCCAGCAUCAGUCUUUUUUCAAUCCCAAGAGGAAACUGGAGAGGGGCAACGUUGAUGAGGCCUUCGAAAAAGUGGAUAGAAUUCUGGAGGGUGAGAUCUACAUGGGAGGGCAGGAGCACUUUUACAUGGAGACACAAGGGGUGAUCGCCGUGCCCCGCGGAGAGGACGGGGAAAUGGACUUGUAUGCGGCCAGUCAGCAUGCAGCGCUCACUCAGGAAGUGGUGGCCCACGCGCUUGGUGUUGAUUCUAAUAAGAUCACCUGUCACGUGAAGAGACUAGGUGGUGGCUUCGGAGGAAAAGUCGUGAAAAGUGGCUCUCUGGCUGCAAUAACUGCCACUGCUGCCCACAAGACAGGUAGGGUGGUGCGCUGUGUUCUGGACCGAGGGGACGACAUGCUGAUUACCAGCGGUCGACACCCUUUCCUGGGGAAGUACAAGGUGGGAUUUAUGAAUGACGGAACAAUAUUGGCAGCAGACAUGAGUUUCUACUGCAAUGGAGGCUGCACUUUGGAUCAGUCGCCAUUUGUAAUGGAGAAAGCCCUGCUUCACAUGGACAACGGCUACAGGAUCCCCAACCUACGAGGGCGGGGUUUUGUCUGCAUGACAUACCUGCCCUCCUAUACGGCCUUCCGGGGCUUUGGGGGGCCCCAGGGGCUCACCAUAAUUGAGAGUGUGCUGCACGAGGUGGCAAAUAAGUGCGGCCUCUCCCCUGAAAAGGUGAGAGACAUCAACAUGUACAGGGAUGAGGUAUGCUACACCCAUCACAAACAGCUCUUCUCCCCUCACGACAUGAUUCGCUGUUGGGAGGAGUGCCUGGAGAAGUCCGCGUACCACAACCGUCGCCUGGCCAUCGCCCAAUUCAAUGCCAAAAACCGCUGGAAAAAGAGGGGCAUCUGUGCUGUGCCCAUAAAGUUUGGCAUUGGAUUCUCCAAAGGGUUCUAUAACCAGGGUGCAGCAUUGGUCAACAUCUUUAAAGACGGAUCUGUGUUGCUGUCCCAUGGUGGAACUGAGAUGGGUCAGGGCCUUAACACCAAGGCCAUCCAGAUUGCUAGCCGAGUCUUGAAGGUGCCCAUGUCCACAAUCCACAUAAAGGAGACCUGCACAGGCAACGUCCCCAAUGCCCCCCCGUCUGCCGCGUCCUAUGGCACAGACGCUGUGGGCAUGGCAGUAAAGGACGCCUGUGAAAAACUGAUGAAACGCCUGGAGCCGAUCAUGCGAGAGUAUCCCAAAUACACCUGGCCGCAGUGGAUUCUUGAGGCCUACUGUCAACGAAUAAGCCUAUCAGCCACUGGCUUCUUCAUGGGCCCUUACACCAACGUGGACUGGGAGAAAAGCGAGGGGACGGCGUUCUACUACUUCACCUUUGGAGCGUGUUGCUCAGAAGUGGAAAUUGACUGUCUGACAGGAGACCACAAAAACAUAAGGUCUGACAUCAUGAUGGACGUUGGGAGAAGUCUCAAUCCCGCUCUCGACAUAGGACAGAUUGAGGGGGCAUUUGUACAAGGCAUUGGCCUCUACACCAUCGAGGAGCUGCAGUUCUCACCCGAGGGUGUCCUUUUGACCCGAGGACCGUCCCAGUACAAGAUCCCCAUGAUGAGCGACGUCCCACCUGAGCUCAAUGUCCACCUGCUGGCCAACACCCAAAAGCCAGACACCAUCUACUCCGCCAAGGCACUCGGGGAGCCGCCCUUGUCCUUCGGCAUCACCGUCUUCUUUGCCAUAAAGGAGGCGAUCGCCGCGGCCCGCAGAGACAGCGGGCUGAGCGGCGCCUUCACACUGAACUCCCCGGCCACUGCAGAGAGGAUACGCAUGGCCUGCGUGGACCAGUUCACCCAGAUGGUUCCAUCUCCAGAGCCUGGAACAUUCAAACAGUGGACCAUUGAUGUGUGAGUCAGAGACAGCAACUGGCACAAUUACAACAGGACAUUUUGCUUUUGUCAAACCUGGACUCAUUAGCCUGUGGUUUGAGGCUAAAUAGCAUUUUUGGGGGGGAUUUUGCUAUCGAUAUCAUUUUAGGUGUUCCCUGCACGUCUCUAACUUUGGCUUGCUGCUGCACAUUUUAUAUUUUGCCCUUGAAAAAAAUAACUAAAUAAACAUGUAUAAAUCA